GUGCGGUCAUGACGUCAUGCCCGCGGAGCCCCGCGCCGGCGCCGUGACGUCACGCCCUGGAGCUGCGGGCCGGGCCGGGCGGCGGCAUGGCGGAGAGCGAAGCGGAGACCCCGGGCACCCCGGGCGAGUUCGAGAGCAAGUACUUCGAGUUCCAUGGCGUGCGGCUGCCGCCCUUCUGCCGCGGGAAGAUGGAGGACAUCGCCGACUUCCCGGUGCGGCCCAGCGACGUGUGGAUCGUCACCUACCCUAAGUCUGGUACAAGCUUGCUGCAGGAGGUGGUCUACCUGGUGAGCCAGGGCGCCGACCCUGAUGAGAUAGGCCUGAUGAACAUUGAUGAGCAGUUGCCAGUGCUGGAGUACCCACAGCCGGGUCUGGACAUCAUCAAGGAACUGACGUCUCCCAGACUCAUCAAGAGCCACCUCCCCUACCGCUUCCUGCCCUCCGACCUCCACAAUGGGGACUCCAAGGUCAUCUACAUGGCUCGCAACCCCAAGGACCUGGUCGUGUCCUACUACCAGUUCCACCGCUCACUGCGGACCAUGAGCUACCGGGGCACCUUCCAAGAGUUCUGCCGGCGGUUCAUGAACGAUAAACUGGGCUAUGGCUCCUGGUUUGAGCACGUUCAGGAGUUCUGGGAACAUCGCAUGGAUGCAAAUGUGCUUUUCCUCAAGUAUGAAGACAUGCACCGGGACCUGGUGACCAUGGUGGAGCAGCUGGCCAGAUUCCUGGGUGUGUCCUGUGACAAGGCCCAGCUGGAGUCAUUGAUCGAGCAUUGCCACCAACUGGUGGACCAGUGUUGCAAUGCGGAGGCCCUGCCUGUGGGCCGGGGAAGAGUCGGGCUUUGGAAAGACAUCUUCACUGUCUCCAUGAACGAGAAGUUUGACCUAGUGUAUAAACAGAAGAUGGGGAAGUGUGACCUCACGUUUGACUUUUAUUUAUAAUAUCAGAAACCGCGAACUUGCAUGCUCACGGUCCCCAGAUGCUCUACUAGCUAAAAGUCCUGUUUGCGUUCAUUUAUUCCUUGCUGGACACACUCUGGAAGCUGCGUGGAAACAGCAGGGGACGAGCCCAGUGGAGAGAGCGAGGAGUGUGAUGAUGCUGUCCACAGCAGCUGCCUGGCCUGUAGCAUUUGGGUCUCCACGUGGUGGCCAUGCCACAUGCACAGGCAGCGAGACUGUCUGCCCUGUACCCCAUGUUAUUCACUGUAUUUUAUAGCGCUUUUCACUGGAAAUCUAAAUAAAUAUCUGUCAACCAAAUACAAGUCCAUUUCCGUGGGAGAGCAGGAGCAGACUGUACCAGGAUGGUAGGAAGCUCUCAGGGUUCACUGUAAUUUUUGUAGUCUUUUUUCUAGGCACAGCCAUCCCACCUUGUUCUGAGAUCAAAGGAUGGGUUGGGAUCACAUGGGGUUGGGUGGGGGAGCUGGAUAGGUGGGUCUAGCCUGUGGUCUAACCAGUCUUCCAGAACCAUCAUGACACCCAAGCCAGGGCCUGUCCCAGGCCGUUUUUAGAAACACCUCCAGCAUGCAGCUCUCUGAGCCUAGAACAGAAGAGCCCAAGGGAAGUUCCUAGAGGGAAGCUGGCCUGAGGCUGCAGAUGGCCUCUGAAGGCAUUGGUGGUGUGUCAAGAGUCCCCACAGACACCAGAAUUGGUGUCUACCACAGCCUUCUCUUUGUUCCCAAGGCAGUGACUGACACACUCCUGCGGGCAAGAGAUGCGACAUAGCACGGUUUUUAAAAUCCGUGGUUGCUGUCCCGUGUGCCCCCCACUAAGCCGACCCUCUCACCUAAGAGACCUAGCCUGUAGGUUGAAUGCUCUCCGUGCAGAUAAGAUUGGUAAGCCCACCCAUCUGGUGGGCAUCUCUAUCCUCAGAGCGUCUGAGGGAGCGAUGUCACACACACACACACACACACACACACACACACACACACACACACACACACCUGCUGUCUUCUGGCUCAAAUUUGGCCCAAGUGAUGGCCAGAUGAGAAGUGGACCAGCAGAUUGCAGCUGGGGACUAACUUGUUCUGUUCUUUACCAGGCUAGGAAGAGCCCAGCAUGGUGGUGGGAGGCUCUGGCUGUGGAAGGGGCCUGCUGUGGGUGGUCUCUGAAGCAAGUCUGGUUGCAGCUGGCAUUACCUCUGUCCAGGGAGAAGCUUGUGUGGGCCGGGUGCAUGACUCUGUGAGGUGGGCAUGGCAGCGUCUUUCCUGUGUGUCUGGGAAGGAAGGCUGCUUUCUGUGAAAUUUUGUUUCUAUUUUUCUAUUUUUAGUACUGUACGGAUGUUCUGGAGCCACACAUGGUACUCUGUGCUUGCUUGCAUCUUUAAUAAAAGACACCUCCCUGCUUG